AUGACCAAAAACCUCCCCGACGAAAGAGUGGUGUACCUCGCACUGAAGGAUUUCUUCAAAGGAGCUGACGGGCAGAUCCGCAAGGCCAAAAAGGUGCGCGAGGUCGUCCAGAAGGCGCAACAUAACAUCGAUGUGAGAGAUUUGAUACAGCAACACAAUUUUGAGAGCAUCUGCAGCGUAACAAAAGCACUUUUGGAACAGCAGAUCUUUGAGUCCACUCUGAAGGCGAAAAUUCGCUUCCCUGAAGUUUUCGAGAUUUCUCCCGCCCAGAGCGCUGAACGGUCGGCUUCAGAGGUAGAAGCAGCAAGAUUGGAGGCCGACGCCGUCAAGUCCGCUUCCGCAGGUCAUAAUAAGGAUAUCGCCACCGGAGACAGCGACGAUGUCCACUGGUCUAGCGAUAAGGUGUCGCGGGCUGGUUGGUGGCUUUCGCGCAAUGCUCGAGGUUUGAAAGCUAAUAUUGCUGUAGAUCUCUACGAGCUGAGAACAUCAUCUCGCAAGCGGCCAUUCCCCCACACCAGCGUCCAAGUUCCAUCUCUCUAUCCAGUAUAUCUGCCAUAUCAAACACAGCACCGGUUGCUAUUAAAGGUACAGGGCAUUCUCGAAGAUGCCUGUUACAAUUUUGGGUCACGAGAAAUGAAGGACGUCAUUGAAAAAGAAGGCUGGGAUUGUGCAGAGUGUGUUGAAUUGAAUGUUUGGGCCCGAACCCUUCUUGCCAAUAAGAAUAUCUUUCAGCUUGAGGACCUAGAAAGUUUGGGACAACAAUUCUCUGAGCUCACUAGCUCCAUUAAUCACCUCCGUCACACAGUAGUGCAUCGACUUCGGAUCAAUGCCAACGGACUGGAGCGCUUUCUGGCGGAUGCGGAAGCUCUGGCGCAAUUACUUCACGAUGACUACAACACAAGAUCCUUAGCACGACUCCGAAGAGAAGCCCAAAUCAGCAUCGAUGAACUAAAACGGAACAAAGAUCUUCUUGAGUCGAGGCUGAAUUCGAAGCUCAAAAAAAUAUCGGAUCAGAGGAUUGAAAUAGAUCAACUUGAACAGUCAGUUGUGGACGAGAUGUUGAAGGCCGACAAAGAGUAUCAACUCCUGGCUGGCAGUAAUUUAGACGAAGCCAUUCAGGCCUAUGAUACAGCGAUGCAAAGUCCAGCGCCGACAGACACAGUUUCGAGACCUGAAAGCGAUUUUGAGGAUGAUCCCGCAUGA